GAGGAUUUAGGCUGGAGCACCAAAAUGGCGGACAAAUGUAUCGAAUUUGGGCGCCAACUAUGAAAAUCGCUUACUUUGGAGCCAAAUAUUUUUCUCCACAGGCGGGAAAUAAAUAAAUAAUACGUCAUAAUCGAAAAUCGCUUAAAACAGAGUCACUCCAGUACUGAAAAAUCCGGCACCGUCUCGACUUCCAAGAAGUUUUUAUUUUUCAUCCAUCGAUCAUCCCUUUUUUCCCUGGAUUAUAAUGUAAUAUUUCUCUUCUUCUUUUUACGUUUAGGGUUUUCUUGGAAAAUCAGUGAACGGACUGGAAUUUCUCAUCCAAAAAAGAUCCUCCAUUUGCCGCUGUUUCUGGGGUUUCUGGGUUUGAGAGCAAUCUUGAAAAUAAUUUCGAUCAGGGUUUUUCAUUUUCUCAUUAGGGUCUUUGUUACUUUUUCUCAAUAGAUAUAGAUUAAUUUUAUGCUGAAAUGGCGGAAGUUGAACCGAUGAUAAUUGACGGCGCUUAUGAGAACAGCUCGAAAUCGAAUGGCCCAGAUCAGAAGAGGAAGGCAUUGAAGAGAAAGAGAGGGGAUCGAUAUGUAUGUGCCUCAAGCCCAGAAGAAAAACUGGCAAAAAUCAAUGGAUUCUUCGAAGAAAUCAAGAGUUUAAUCAAAUUCUGCAAAGAUUUAGUGUUCGAACAAAGAAGGGCGUUGUUGGAAAAUGUAGAAAAAAUUGGGAUUUCUUCCACCUCUUUAAAUGGUUUGAUUGCAUGUUUGAUGGAAGAGAGUGAACUACCUUUGUCAAAGCUUGUGGAUGACAUUUUUGAGAAAGUUAAGGGUAAAAUUGGAAAUGGUGAUAGUGUUAGUAAGGCUAGUGUGAAGAGCAGUGUGCUUCUAGUUGGGCAGAGAUUAUGUUAUGGAGUGCCCAAUGCAGAUGCUGACAUUUUGGGGGAUGAGUCUGAGUCUGCCCUCUGGUUUUGGGAGACAAGGGAUUUGAAACUGAUACCAAAAUCAAUGCGAGCCACUCUGAAAGUUCAGCGUACUUGCCGAAAAAAGAUCCACGAAAGAAUUACUGCUAUUUGGGCAAUGGUAACUGCACUGGAAAAAUCAGAGGACCAUCAGAGCUACAGGCAAGAUUUGAUAAAAGCUUCAGACAAGCUUGGCAAAGUUUUAGCUGAGGCAGAUAUCCGUUUGUUGAUGCAGACCAUGUCCCAGAAAAAUGCUGCUGAAGUGUCCGAGAAAGAAGCCAAGAGAGAAGAAAAGCUUUUGAUCAGGCAAAUGGAGAAAAGCAAACGUCAGACAGAGAAAGAGAGGAAAAAGAUGGAUCGGGAACUUAAUAAGGAAAAGUUGCAAACUGAGAAAGAACUAAAGCGAUUACAAGAUGAGGCCGAGAAGGAGGAGAGGCGCCUUGAGAAGGAAGAAUCUGAAAUGCGGAAACAGCUGAAAAGGCAGCAAGAGGAAGCAGAGAAAGAACAGCGGCGCAAGGAGAAGGAAGAAGCUGAGUCAAAAAAACGACUUGCUCUGCAAAAACAAACAUCCCUUAUGGAACGCUUUCUCAAAAAGAACAAAGCUAAUUCAACUUGUCAAAAUGGUGGUGCUGUGAGCAAACAGUUAACGUCUGAUCAAUCCCCUAACAGGGUGGAAAGGAUUUCUGGACCAGUUACCGUGCCUAUGGACUCUGUUCUAACCGUCAGUGAAGGAAUUGAUGCAGAAGAUAUAUGGAAAUCACACUUAAAUUCUUGGCGUUGUUUGGGACACUCAGUUCGUUCUAACAAGAAAAUACAUUGGGGAGUUCGUCAGAAGCCUAAGACAGAAUUGGUCAAGGAACUUAAGCUUAGUACGAACAGAGAAUUUACCUGUGAUGAAGAUAUGAGCCUAGAAAAGCUUGUGGAUGGGUGGGUUGACACUAAUGUUGAUGGACGAUUAUCUUGUACGAAUGCUAAUACUCUUCCCAAUUUCGAGAAGCGUAGUAAGAAUAGGCAGCUUUUGCAGUUUGAUAAGAGUUAUAGGCCAGCCUUUUAUGGUGUUUGGUCCAAGAAAAGUCAAAUUGUUGGAGCGCGUCACCCAUUUGUGAAGGAUCCCGACAUAGACUAUGAAAUUGAUAGUGAUGAGGAGUGGGAAGAGGAGGAGCCUGGUGAAAGCCUGUCAGAUUGCGACAAGGAUGAUGAAGAUGAAACUGCGGAAGCCCAUUCAAGAGGUGAUGAAGAGGAUGAAAGUGAAGAUGGUUUUUUUGUGCCUGAUGGAUAUCUCUCGGAGAAUGAGGGCGUACAGGAUGAUGAAAUGGAUUCUGAUGAAUUGGUUGAGGAGAUAAGAAACCUCCCUGAUUCUGAACCAGCUGGGCAGAAUGAGGAAUUCUAUAUCUUGCUUCGACAACAGAAGUAUCUGAGUAAUUUGACAGAGCAUGCACUUCGAAAAAACCAACCCUUGAUCGUAUUGAAUCUUAUGCAUGAAAAGGCUAUUAUUUUACAGGCCGAAGGGCUCACUGAUGCACAGAAGUUUGAACAAAAGUGUUUGCAAUCUCUGAGUAUUCGUCCUUACCCAGGUUGUCCCCCAAUAGAGAUAUCAAUUUGUAAUGACACAGUACUUGAGGAUCAAGAAGCUUCUCCUUCAAAUAGCAAGUCAAGCUCAACUCCAGUGGCAAGUGCUGCAGCUAUCUUGAACUCAGAUUUGCCUCAAAUUGUAUCUAUAAUCCAAUCAUGCUCACAGAGUCUAGGCAAGGUGUUGGAGUCCUUACAGAGUAAAUUCCCAGCUGUCCCAAAAUCUCAAUUAAGGAAUAAAGUGCGAGAAAUAUCUGAGUUCUCUAAUAAUUGUUGGCAGGUUAAGAAAGAAAUUCUAGUCGAGCUCGGUUUGUCUGUAUCGCCAGAGAAGAGUUUCGGGAAAACAACAAGCAUUGCUAAAUUCUUCUCGAAAAGAUGUCUGCCUCCAUCUGGAAAGACUAACAACCUGAAUGAAACUUCCCCACAAUCAUCCCACAAAGCCGCAGCUGCCAUACAACCACAGCAGGAUAGCACUGCCGAGAAUCAAUAAUCCUCUUGGGAUUUCUUUCUCCUCCUUUUGGCCUGUGUGAUAUAAUUGAAAAAUACCUUUUGUAUGGCAGAUUUACAAGUUUUAGCAAAUAACAUCUGGUGAUAAAAUGUUGCAAGUCUGAUGCUGACUGGGCUUUGAUUUUGCUGCUGAAUUUCUGUUGGCUGUUGUCGCUGUUUCACUUUUGAAAGCCCUUAGUGGCCAAUUUUUUUAUUUUUAUUUUUUAUUUAUGACAAACUUAUUCCCUGCAAUUUCUUA